AUUUUGGAUUUAGUUCUGACAACAUCUCCAAAGACCCCACCGUAUGCAGUCUCCCCUCCAGCUGGCUGCCGCAGAAGUGGGAGCUGGCAUUUCCUGAGCACUUAUUUGGUAUCAGGCUGGGAGCUUCCCUGUGGGACAGGCACAUCGGCCCAUUUCACAAGUGGGAAAACACAGGCUGGGGUGAGAGGAUACAGGCCCACUGAGGCCCCAGGCAGCAGGGUGUGGAGGUGGGACUGGAACCCACAAACGCACAUCCAGCACGUGGAGUUCGGGGCAGAAAGAAGGCCCACAACUCCCUCACAUUCACUCUUUGGCCCCUCACUAAAAUCUUUCCUUUUCAAGUAACCUACCAGCUAAUGGGAAAAGAAACUUCUCAAAGGGAGCAGGAUAGAAACUCUAAAAUUUUAAUCGGCCAACUUAUGUAUAUUAUAAGUCAUUUCUUUAGCUACUCAAGAGUUAAGUACAAGCCAGGCACGGUGGCUCAUGUCUGUAAUCCCAGCACUUUGGGAAGCCGAGGUAGGUGCAUCACCUGAGGUCAGGAGUUCAAGACCAGCCUGGCCAACAUGGCGAAACCAUGUCCCUACUAAAAAUACAAAAAUUAGCUAGGUGUGGUGGCGUGCACCUGUAAUUCCAGCUUCUUGGGAGGCUGAGGCAGGAGAAUUGCUUGAACCUGGGAAGCAAAGGUUGCAGUGAGCUGAGAUCGCACCAUUGCACUCCAGCCUGAGCAAUAGGGCAAGACUCUAUCUCAAAAAAAAAAAAAAAAGGAAUUAAGCAGGCUUCAAAAAAAAGUUAUGCAAACAUUCAAGACCUAACCACCUCAAAACACAAUUUAAUAAACAACGUUCUAAGCUACCCAUUCGUGUGUAUCCUUUCCGGACUGCAAGCCCAGUGACUCACAUGCAGGAGCGUGUUGGUCAGUUCAGCAAAUAUCCUGCCCAGGCCACAGGGAACAAGGAAGUAGGUCAAACGCUGGCCAGUGAGCCCCCCCUCAGCACAAGCAGCGCUGGCCCUAGCAGGAGGCUCCAGGCAGUGUGGCCUGGUGGUUAGGAACCUGGGCUGGGGGCCAGCUGCCUGGACCCAUACACUGCAGGGUAACAUGGGGCAGUCACUCUAUCUCUCAAGAACCCCAGUUUCUGGCCAAGCGCGGUGGCUCACGCCUAUAAUCCCAGCACUUUGGGAUGCUGAGGCAGGUAGAUCACCUGAGGUCAGGAGUUUGAGACCAGCCUGGCCAACAUGGUGAAACCCCAUCUCUACUAAAAACACAAAAAUUAGCCGGGCAUGGUGGCGCUUGCCUGUAAUCCCAGCUACUCAGGAGGCUGAGGCAGGAGAAUCGCUUGAACCCGGGAGGCAGAGGUUGCAGUGAGCCAAGACUGCACCACUGCUCUCCAGCCUGGGUGACAGAGCGAGACCCUGUCUCAAAAUACAAACAAAACAUCCUGUUCCUGAAAACUCAGGAAACUAGGGAACCCACCGCUUAGCAAUGCUGUGGCAAUUAAAUCCGUUGUGACACGAAAACUCUUGCCAAGUAACCAUUACCUGUCAGCUGUUAUUGAGAGGAGCAGAGUACAGCAGUCAGGAGUGUGGGCUCUAGAGCCAGGCGGCCCAGGGUUUGGGCUCAGCUCUAAGGCCUUGAGAAACUCACUUGUCUUCUUCAUACCUCAGUUUCCUCAUUUGCAAAAUGGGGAAAAGAGAAACUUCCUCGCGAAAGGUGAUUGUGAGGAUUCCAUGAAACAAUCGAUGUAAGGUGCUUACAACGGCACCUGCUACAUGGUGAACACUCAGUUAUCUUUUACUAUUUCUAGAGAUUAUUUUGGUCAGAACAAAAAACCAUUCUAUGAGACAAAGUCCUAAAUAAUUAAAUGGUUGCAGGAAUAGGAUACUGACCCAAGCCUGGUGUGCCCUCAAAAGCGCUGGGAGACUUAGGAGGCCCAGGACCCUGAAACCACAGCAGGGCUCCAGGGUACUUAAUUUGUCUGUGCCAUGCUUUGCUGCUAGCCAAAGGCGGCUCUAAUUAAUACACUUCUACACUGAAAUGCCCCCAGGAUGAAAGAGACACAUAAAAUACACGCUAAAAAAUUGCUUCACAUGCCAAGCAAGACACAUACACAAAAAAAUAGCCUUAUUUAAAUUUGCAGAGAAAUGCUAAAGUAAGACCAAAGCAACAUGUGAGCAUGAGAAAGUCUCAACUCCGUGCAGCCCUGUAGCUGAAACAAGAGGUCAGGUUAGCAAAUGAGACGCCCCACACCGUCCUCAGACUCCUAGCAUCUCUGGCGUCCCUAGCAUCAUCAGAGAAGGAAUGGAAAUUGCAGGAGAGUUCAAGGUAAGAACUGCUAAUCUUUUUUGCUGAUGGGUUUUGAUGGCACUCUUCUACCUUUUUAAAAAGCAGGCUGGGCCGAAUGAGUGAGAGGUCACAGGGCCAGGGUCUACAGGGGGACGGUCCCCUACACACCGAAAGCAGAGUGGUGGAGCUGCCCCUGCUCCUCCAAGCGGCUCUGUUCUCUCCCAUUCUUUCCCUGGGCUUCUCUUCCUUCUCACCUUUCUCACCUCUGGGCUCUCAGGCACACCAGCCAAGGACAGAGAGCACUCAGUCACCUAAGUCCAGGACGCACUUCGGAUUUUCAGGCUUGUUUUUUAGGAGGAUUUUAUCUGCUACCAAACUUUUCUCAGUUUCUAGGUAGGUGCCUGGAAUGCUGGCCAAUGGUGGUGGGCUGAUUUCCACAUACCCUCAUCCCCCUCCCUCUUCCCUAACCUUCUUAGUGCUCCACAGAGCCUGAGGCACAAAGCGCUUACUGCUGCAGGGGGAGGCCUCAAACUCGCACAAAAUUCAAGCUGUGUUUUACUUGUCCUCCUCGCUACCUUUCCUUAGUCCACUGCUUUCUUUGGUCUAGUUCCCUGUCCUGUAACAGCCCAGGACCCUGGCAGAAGACCCAGAUCCCUGUCCCGGCCAAGGCCCUCACCACCUCACGCCCCCGGCCUCUCUCCUACUGAAAAAGCACACCCAGCCCACCUAUGCAGCUCCAAGGGGCGGCGCGUGAGAGAACUCCUAUAACACGCAGCUGUCACUCUGCUACAAGGCCACAGUUCCACAAGACACCGUUCCAAGCAGUAUUAUUCACAUAGGCUGCACAAGAAUGCUGUCCUCUGGAGUUGUGCAGAGGCAAUACUGCUAACCUACCUCCAUUUGGCUUUUAAAAUCUUUAAAACAUCCACAUAGGUCUGAUAUUUGAUGCCAUUCGUUUCCCAAGAGGUGCUAAAUUAGCAACAUACCAAAGUCAGAAACUUCUAAGGAAACCGAAGGAAAAACAGAUGUCUCUGUCACAGGCACUUGCACUGAGGCAACAGGCCUGGGUGUUACUUCUCUGACCACGUCCACAGCCAGAGACAUCAGCAGAGACCCAAAACAAAACCCUUCUGCCUCAAAAACCGCAUAUAAGCCAAGAAGCGCGCCCAGGCCCCUCGGAGGCUGCCUUAGGGCAGGGGAGCCGGCCCUGGAAGCCUCCUGUGCCAGGCGCGGCUGCACAGCUGGGCCACUCCUCCCGGACUUUCUGCAACUCCACGCGGCGCUAACCCUCUGGUUAACUCCGUCUCCUUCUUUUCCAGAUGCGCCCACGGGGACACCCAGGCGACUGUUGAGUCAAAAGCAAGCUUUAGGGAUGGCGUCCACGAGGCCCCAGACAGGUUUUUCCUCAUUAAAAACCCUGGACUUCAAAGAGUUCCACGUGGGCGCCAGGGACCCUGCGGUUCGGCGCCGGGAGCCCCAACUUUUCGACCGGAGUGUCCGAAGACCCAGCCAGCCCGCCCGCUCGGCCGGGGACUCACGGCUCCAUCUCGGCGCCCAGAGCCCUCGGCCCCGUCCCGCGCGUCCCGAGCCCGCCAGGCGCCGCGCAGCAGCCUCGGCAGCGGCAGCCGCAGCCGGAGCCGGAGCCGGAGCCGGAGCGACAGCGGCCCAGAAGCGGCCGGCCGCGGAAAACUCAUCAGAGCGCGACGCCGAGAUCACGUGCGCGGAAGCGACUCUCACGGCGGAAGGCGGAGCGGCGCGGUGGAAGCGGGCGCGCGGCGAAGUAGGGGGUGGGCGCGCGGCGAAGGGGGUGGCCCCGCUUCGUGGCCCCUUGCGAGGGCGGAGCCCCACGGCCGGGAGUACCCAGGCUAGCCCUGAGCUGGGGCUCAAGACAGAAAGAAUGAGUGAAUGAAUGACUUAAUUUACCUCUUGUCCCUAGGGCAGGGAAACAGCGCAUUCAUUCACUCCUACUUCCCGAGUGUCGGGGCGUAAGGAUGGGCCUCGGGAGUCCAUGAAUGCCCUGCAGUUGUCUGGAAAACGCUAUGGGUGUCUGCAUUUUUCUAGGGAGAGGAGCUAUAGCUGUGUAUUCAUUCCCAAAGGGUCUUGUGACCCCAAAUAAGGUUAAAAGCCAGGACAAACUUCUGCCACCCCGAAUGAUGACAGGAGACCUUCCGGGGUCUUUCUGGUAGCUUCUCCCGUAAGCCGCUUCUAGACUGCAUCUAGACCAGUGAACCAAAAGCACUUUCCUGAUUUCGCAUCUUGGCUCAGUGUUCUGCAUUUCUGUAAUCAAGAAUGGAUGAGAACCAAGGUUUGGCUAUUUCUGAGAUUCUCUUUGGAGCAUUACUCAAAAUGUCCCGUGCUCCCCGUGUGCUGUGGGUUUCAAGUCGGUCUGCAUGAGUUAAAGGACUUCCAAGCUUCCUUUGCAAUGUAUCCUAUUCAUUCACUAAACCGUAAACAGGCUUACUAUUGGCAGAAAAGUGUGG